AUGAUGGCCUUCGUGAGCUUCGGCUAUGCCAUCUCCUUCCUGCAUCCCACCCAAGUUUGGGCCUUUGAUCUCAUGGCGCUUUCUUCGGGCAUGGGCUUUGUCCGAGCAUGCCUGACGGUUCAUGUGCAAGCCUGCUUUCAAGAUAAUCCUGAAAUGUUCACCACCAUCUCCAAGCAUUGUGGCGCUGCGCGAAACUGUGGCAGUAUUGCGGCGAUGAUUGUGCCGGCGUUGCUCUACCAGCACUUUGGGUGGAAGGCCGUCUGUUGCGGAGCCGCCGCCGCGGCACUGCUCUACAUCUUGCUCUCCUGCCUGGUAAGGCGUUUGGAGUCCCCAGCAUCGCGGGAGGCCGUGUCGGAGUUCGAACCUCAUGUGGAGGGAACUUGCACGGACAUCUCGUGGAUUGAUUCUGGGCCCAACAAGGAAGAUUGGAUGGUUGGAUCAGCCUUCAUCGUCACAGAGUUGCAGUACAACAUCGGCAAUGCGGCCAUCCCACAGACAUUGACCUCGACCUUCAUCAUGUCCGUAGGCGCGGUCGGCCCGACCUUGGGAAGCUUCAAUGCGACGUCGAUGAUCUUCUUGGCCUUGCUACCGACGAUCCCAUGGGUUUUACUGCAUCGGAGUCCUUUGAACAUUUUGAUGUCGUUCUUCUUGGUCUUAGUCUCAGGGCUCUUGGCCGCCUUCUCAGCGCUCGCGCCGGAUCACGGACUGCCCCUCUUCAUCACCAGUAUCCUCUCCUUCACGCUGGCCAUCAACAUGGCACAGGUCCUCAUGCUGGAAUACUUGUCCGGCGUACUGGACACCAAAGGAGUGGAGAAGCUCAUGGGCGUUUCCGAGACUUUUGGUUGCGGCUUCGCGAUGCUGGGUGGCUACGUGGGUGAAGAACUGAAGGUUUUUGGAUCCUCAGCUCCCUUUCUGAUGCAAUGCUUCGUGGCCCUGGUGACCGUCACCACCCUGGGCGCCUCUUUCGCCCACCGCCACGUCACCAGAGACUUGGACGUGGGUUGCAGAGCGGUUGGCAGAGAGGGUGCUGCUGGUAUACCACCAUCCAAGGCUCUCAUGGGGGUGUUCAAUGGAGAUCUAGAAGUAGGCGUGUGGUAUGCAAAAAAAAGGAGACCCUUGAACGAAAGGUGCUGGUAUGUCGCCUUUCUUUUUCGAGCGACCAGCUGCUACGCCCCGUCGCAGCUGCGAGAAGUAUCUUACCUCGUUGCAGCGGCCGCGCUUGCGCGCGGCGACCAGGUCGCUGAACUCACCCCGUUCCGCCCCGUUCCGCGCAAGCGCCGGCCGUUGGCGGGCGAACUUCGCCUCGCAAGAAACACCUGA